CAGUAAGGCUGCCCCUCUCUCUUCUCCUCCACACUUCGAGGAAACAUCUAAGCACUUUCUUGUGAAGGGGCUAAACACGAUUAGGAGGUAGCAACUUGUAUGCUAGUAAGUUAGUUAGAGUCAGAUCUGAGCAAUGGGGGAGGAGCAGGUGGCGCCCAAGCCGGAGGCCGCGGCGGCGGCGGAGCUGACGGGGUUCGUGAUGAGCGCGGAGGAGGCCGAGCGCGCCGCGGCGGCGGCCGGCGUGGCGACCGUGCAGGACCUGCUGCCGCUGUUGGUGCCGUCGGCGAUGAAACGCGCGCGCGCCCCGAUCUCGCGGUUCCCCGUGGGUGCCGUGGGGCUGGGCGUGAGCGGCCGCGUCUACGUCGGCGUGAACCUCGAGUUCCGCGGCGUGCCGCUGUCGCAGUCCGUCCACGCCGAGCAGUUCCUCGUCGCCAACGCGGCCGCCGCGGGGGAGCACGCGCUGCGCGCCAUCGCUGUCUCUCACAUGCCCUGCGGCCACUGCCGCCAGUUCCUCCAGGAGAUCCGCGCCGCCGCCAACAUCCAAAUCCUCGUGACCACCGACGCCGAGGAAGGCUGCGCGCCCGAGUGGCGCACGGUGGCAUCCCUCCUUCUCCGCCCCUUCGGGCCCCACGACCUCCUCCCCGAGAAUGUGCCACUCGUCCUCGAGCCGCACGACAACCCUCUGGGCGACCCCGUCGCCGCGGUCGCCAAUGGCUUCGCUGGCGGAGACCUGGAGGCGCGCCUGAGGGAGGCUGCGGAGGCGGCCGCGCGGGCGGCGCACGCGCCGUACAGCGAGUGCCCUUCGGGGUUCGCAGUGGCGGACGCUGACGGGAGGAUCUACGCCGGGGGGUGCCUGGAGUCAGCCGCCUACAACCCGACGCUGGGCCCCGUCCAGGCAGCCAUCAUUGCGAUGAUAGCAGCCGGAGGCGGCCCCGCCGGGGACGUGGUGGCGGCGGCGCUCGUGGAGAAGGAAGGGGCGGCGGUGGCGCAGGAGGCGACGGCCAGGAUCGUCUUGGGCGCCGUGGCCCCACAUGCCAGCCUCCACGUGUACAGCUACAAGCCGUCCGACGCGUGAUGAGCCCCUCUGGAUCCCUGUGGCGGUGGGGAGGGUAGGACGCGAGAUGGGAUCAAGAUAAUGUUAAUAGAAAAAAAGAGUUAAGAAUAAGACGGAAAAAACAAAUCUCGUGCCGUUGCGUGAGCUGUUAAUUCCACAUGGCGCUGUUCCAUUGGUCAGCAGGUCUGGGAGCUGGGCCUACUUGGUCGGAGUGAUUAGUGUUCUUCUGUUCUUAUGUGUGUUAUAGAAGAAAAAAAAUCAACCAAAGAAUGGCAAGGUGAAAUAGUCCUAUUAAAUAAGUAACAGAUAUAUUUACAUAAAAAAAUUAUAUUUUCCUUGCAAGCUAUGCA